AUGGACGACGGUAAGAAGAAGAAGAAGAAGAAACAACUCUCCGGCGCGCAGAAGAGGAAGAAGAAAAAGGAGAAAGAAGCGGCCGUGAUGGAGGCCGUGAAGGAGGCUGUUGCAGAAAUGGAGAGGAUAAAGCUUGGACCGACCAAGUUGUGGACGGGAUUGGUGUUGCGUCAAAAGGAUGUGUUUGUCUCGCAUGUGAUUUCGAAAUUGAACGGGACGGAUCGGUGGUUCUUUGCAUUGGUGAAUAGAGAGAGUCGGGGUGUGCUUGAGUACGCCGGGGUAGACGUAUCGGAAUUACACUGGGCUGCUUACGAAUGUUCGUCGAUUUCGACGUUGGAAUGGCUGUGGGAUCACAUGCCCUGGGGAGAGAAAGAUGAUUUAGGAAGAGUGAUGGAUCAAGCCUGGUUUUGCAGGGAAGUUGCUGCAACGAACAAACUCGAGUUUCUCAAGUGGGCGAGAGAAGUGAAACAGUGCGAGUGGGAUGAGUGGACGAUUAAUACGGCAGCACAUAAAGGUAAUCUCGAGAUGCUGAAGUAUUGCUUUGACAAUGAUGGUCCGUAUGAUGAAAAAGAGGCGUGUACUCGAGCUGUUAAUGAAGGACACCUCGACUGUCUUCGGUUUCUUUUCGACAAAGUGAAACCUUCGCGAGAGACGGAAGAAGAAGUGGUACAAAUUAUAGCACUAAAUGGUCGCGUAAACAUCUUUAAAUAUUUCGUUGAAGAACGAAAGAUAUCUGAUGCAUUAAAGCUCGACUGUGUGGCAACCGCUACAAUGUACGGCAAACUCGAUUGCCUCAAAUACUUAAUCGAAGAGGCGAAAGUGCCUCUUAACGACUGGCGAUUCAUCGCUUUCACUCGUUACAAAGAGCACCACGAGUGCUUAUACUACUUGCAAGAAAAAGGGUGCCCAGAACCAACGGAUGAACAAUACGCUUGGUUUCUCGGGCGUCUAUGA